UACAAGAAUAGGGCGCCGCAGUUUUGAUGGGCUGAAUUUACGUAUUGAGGCAGUUUCUGUUCUGAACCGAAAACGAGGGAAGGGAGACGAUGGUAUCAGGUGCCUGUGCAAGAAUAAAACAUGUUUGAUUUCAACGAGGUGUUGUGCAUUGCAGCUGUUUUACCUACGAUCUGUGUUGUUUGUGAUUUGCAUUGAGUGGAGGCUUUGCUCAGGCAAAACCACUGGGCCUGUGCUGUGGGAACCUCCCCCUGAAAUGCUUCCGGUAGCAGCGCGGGAUCCGACCAGGCCUUUCAGAUGCCUCUGCCCCGGCGAGCAGAUGUACCAGCAAGUUCGCCGCUUCCGCUCCUUCCAACCCUCCAAUAGGACAGAAAGUGGAGCGGCCCCGGAAGUGACGCACCCGGUUACUGGUCUCCUCCUGUUCCGGCUUAGCUGGAGAGCGUUGUGGCGACAUGAAGCUGCUCACCCAUAACUUGCUGACCUCGCAUGUGCGGGGGGUGGGGCCCCGUGGCUUCCCUCUGCGCCUCCAGGCCACCGAGGUCCGCAUCAACCCUGUGGAGUUCAACCCCGACUUCGUGGCGCGUAUGAUACCCAAGGUGGAGUGGGCGGCGCUUCUGGAGGCGGCUGAUACUUUGCAUCUGGUCGAGGUGCCCAAAGGGCCUGUUCAGGGGUAUGAGCAAGAUGAGACAUUUCUAAGAAAGAUGCACCACGUGUUACUGGAGGUGGAGGUGUUGGAGGGCACCCUGCAAUGCCCAGAGUCUGGACGUCUGUUCCCCAUCAGCCGUGGGAUCCCCAACAUGCUGCUGAGUGAUGAGGAAACUGAGAAGUAAUCCUGCCAGGCACCAGUUUUUAAUUUUGUGAUCUUAGGUAUAUCCUGUGUGCUGGUUCUGUCAUGUGUCCCCAACCCUUGACCCAGUGACACGCCAAACAUACAGUGUUCUUGAGCUUGAUAUAUUUUUUUCUCAUUAAAGGUUCAAAACCAAAA